AUGCUCGCUUAUGGAGUACCAGCUGAAUAUGUUGAUGAGUAUGUGCGAAUUGGAGAAACUACUGCAGUAGAAUCUCUUCAAAGGUUUGUUAGUGCGGUGGUUAAUAUUUUUUCUAAUGAAUAUUUAAGGUCUCCAAACAACAAUGAUGUUGCUAGAUUGUUAGAAGUUAGCGAAACUCGUGGUUUUCCAGGGAUGUUGGAUAGCAUUGAUUGCAUGCACUGGACAUGGAGGAAUUGCCCAGUUGCGUGGAAAUGUGUGUUUAUUGGCCAUUGUCAUGAACCAACAAUGAUUUUAGAAGCAGUGGCUUCACAAGAUCUAUGGUUAUGGCAUGCAUUUUUUGGGUUACCGGGUUCUCACAAUGACAUCAAUGUUCUAGAACGGUCUUCUGUGUUUUCUCAUAUCACAGAAGGGUGUGCUCCUCCAGCCAAUUACACAAUCAAUGGUCGUAACUACACAAUGGGAUACUAUAUUGGUGAUGGUAUAUAUCCACAGUGGUCAACUAUUGUAAAGACAAUUUCAUGCCCACAAGGAAAUAAGGCAAAACUAUUUGCUGCAGCCCAAGAGUCAGCAAGAAAGGACGUGGAACAUGCGUUUGGAGUGCUUCAAGCACGAUUUGCAAUCGUUCGUGGACCUGCACAUGGUUGGAGUCGUGAAACGCUCACUUACAUUAUGAAAGCGUGCAUAAUAAUACGUAACAUGAUCGUUGAAGACGAACGAAAUACUGACGAUGCUAGUGACAUUGAUUAUGAACAAAUCGAUGAAACUCCUUAUAUACAAAUUUCUCACGAGCAUACCCCUGGAUUUUUGGAGUUCAUUAAAAGGCAUGUGAACAUUAGAGAUCGUCAAACUCAUUCUCAGCUACAAUCCGACCUUAUCGAGUACCUAUGGCAAUUGCAUGGUCAAUUUUAA